CCGCGUUUUUUUAAAUGUUCCUUGUUCACUACAAUUGUGUUCUUUUAUCAAUUAACGACACUCCUACAAAGCCGAAAUUGGAGACAAUAAACGAGCGUCGUUCAGUAAUAUACAUCUGUCAGGUUUGUUAUUCUAAAAUCGUAUGAACUCUGUUUCCUGGCAUAUUUUUGUUGGGCAGUUCUUUAUUGGGGUCUGGAAGACAGCGGAAUAAUUUCAGAAUCAGUUUCUUGAUGAUGUCUGUUAAGCAGAGAUCACCCAGAAAAACCAAUGACUGGAAAGCUUUAGGAAAUGACUCCUACCUCCCAAAUCUGCUCAGCAUAUCACCUCAUGAUACAAGGAGGAGGGUUUCUUUGAUUGCAACCACUAAGGAAGAAGAAUUGCGUGAAGAGAUUCAAAUUCAAAUUGGUGAAGCAAAACAUUUUUGGAAAAUUCUUAAAAAAGAUAAUAAAGUUGAGUUAGCCUUUGGUAAGGUUGACCACAUCUUGCAAGAGCUGGAGAAAAAAAUAAAAGGUGAUUCAGCUACAGAUAUUGAAUAUCUGCAAGCUAUGAAUAUUAUGCUUGGAGCUGGAAUUACAGCUAGUCAUCUUAAUGAAGAAGAAUAUAUUCCAGAUGAAAAGGCUUCCAAAGAGGACAUGUCUGAAGAGUACAAUGAGGAGGCUGAAGAAGAUUCAUUUAUAAAUGAAGAAAGAUUGACUGGGCCAGAUUUCAACUUUCAGAAGUGUGAUGCUAUACCACAUUUUACAGCUGUACCUUAUAAAGAACACACUUGCAGUAAAAUAUGCUUAAUUCAAGUGAUAGAAUCUGAUAAUCACUUAUUAGGGUUGAACCCUCUACAGAUACCUCUAGUUUGCCACUUUCAACGAAGACAUGCAAAAGCUGAUUGGAGAAGAGGGGACUCGACUUCUUUGGAUGUGCUCUACAGGACACCUUGUGGCAGAAACCUGCGUACCUUCAAUGAGAUUCACCAAUACUUAAUGGAAACAGAGUGUGAUUAUUUACCUUUGGAUUAUUUUUCUUUCAACACUUAUGUCCAGAUCUAUCGACGGUUCCCUUUAAACAAACCUCUGGCUUUUGAUGAAGAUAUUAGUAAUGGAGAAGAACUUGUUUCGGUUCAACUGUUCAAUGAUUUAGACAAUAAAAUGCCACAAAGCUUUAAGUACAUAAAAAAUCGAUGGCCACAUGGUUGUUUCAUAAAUAGCCCAGAAGAUAUGUUUUUGGAUUUCUGUGACUGUACAGAUGAUUGCAGUGACAAGAAUGAGUGUGCCUGCUUGCAAUUGACCCUGAAAGCCAAUGGAAAACGCAGAUUACCACUGCCAUUGUAUAAAUACAAGAGGCUACAAAAACCUGUUCCUUUAGGGAUCUACGAAUGCAGCAUCUAUUGCAAAUGCAACAAGAGAAUGUGCCAGAACCGGGUUGCACAGCAUGGUCUUCGAGUUCGACUCCAAGUUUUUAAAACCAAAGAGAGUACCUGGGGAGUGCGCUGCCUGGAUGACAUAGAUGAAGGGACAUUUGUAUGCAUAUAUGCAGGAAAAAUUCUCCAUGAGAGUACAGACAGUGAAUCUGCAGCUGAGAACGAUUUUGACAGUUCUAUGGAAAAAUUAGAAAAUAAGACAUGCUUGAAAAGAACAAUAGAAGAAACAGUUUCAGAUGAUGACAUUGAAGUGGUGGAAGAAAGGAAAAAGAUCUGCAAUAUCGGUGAACCUGAGGAUCUGACUGAUUCUGCUGAACGUGAAAAAGAAAAAAGUGAAUUUUUGGAAAGGACCGAGUCUACCUUACCCCAUGUCUCUGUAAUUAUGAGACCUAUAAGCAAAACCUCCAGUCUACAGGCCAGGUUAAAAAAGCUGAUGCAAAAGAGUGAAUUAUCUUAUGUUCACACCAGUUCUGAGGAGGAGAAUGAAGAUGUUGAGACUUCUUUGAAGAAAUCUUUACCACAAUCAGUGAUUCAGAGAAACAGAAGAAGUGCUGGUCUCAGGCAAGAAGCUGUUACUAAAACAAAGGAUGGCAAGGACGAGAAUGAAGACACUAGUAAUGAAACAAAGAGUCUGAAAGAGUCUAGGGUGUGGUCCCCAAUCAAGGGCAAGAGUAAAGAAAAACUAAGAGGAGCGACUGACUUGUCUGAUAAAGAGCUAAGUGGCUGUGAGCAUCAUUAUUACCUGGAUGCAACAGAAGAAGGGAAUGUAGCAAGAUUUUUUAAUCAAAGUUCUUCUCCAAACCUCUUUGUACAAAAUGUUUUCAUAGACUCGCAUAACAAAAAUUUUCCUCUAGUUGCCUUCUUCACCAGCAGGCAUGUCAAAGCAGGAACAGAACUAACGUGGAAUUGUGAUAGAAUGGAAGAUAUGUAACACGGAAGAAUAUGAAACUGAGAAUUCUUGAGAAACCGGACUGUUUGGGGGGGAAAAAAAGUUAAAUGAAAAUUUUGACUUUGGUAGUUAGCUUGUUGGUAUAGUGGGAGAAGCAAAUAUUUGAGAACGUAGCACAAACUCUGUAAAAUAAUGUGGUUCCACAAAAAGAUUUUUCUAGAGCAGUCUUUUCAAAAGUGUGGGAUAACCAUGACUAUAUGGAUGUAAAUAGCAGGGUUCCUUUUAUUUAUUUUUAUAUUUUGAAUGUUAUUUUAUGCUCUUUUUGCUAAACAUUUUAUACUAUUUCUGCAGAAAGUAAGUUGUUUAGUUCUAGAACCAAAGAACAAAUAAUUCUAAACAAGAUAAGGUGCUAUAAGGUACUGGAAUCUAACCUCAUAAACUAAGCUUUUCUUAUAGUGUACUAAACUACUACUGUGUGUAGUUACAUUCCUCUUAAAAACUCAGAUCAGUGUGAACUGUAAUAUAAAACCAGUUAUUUAUACAUUUGUAAAAACAUUGAUAUGCAAUAUAGAUGAAUAUGUGCAUCCU